AUUUUAUCUAAUCAACGGCAUGCUGCACGUCAUGAAUGCUCAGACUCACUUAGUCUCGCUUGCCUGUGUGUUGCCCCGUCACUCUCAUUGUGCUGAUGCCAUUUGGUUGUGCGUGACCGUGUCUGAUGCUGGCGUACAGGUCCUUCAGGCCCUCCCGCUCCCGCUGGAGACGCCUCCGUCUCCGCCUCCCCCGGCACCGUCCUCCACCCCAUCCCCACCACCACCACCACCACCACCACAGGUUGCGGCUGCUCCACCGACGGUCGGGCUUCCUGCUCGGGCUCCGGCGCAGACCAGGGUGGAGCCUCGUGGCGUCUCCGUGGAGGAGACGCCGUGCGGGGAGGCCACCCUGGCGCCGGAGCCCAAGAAGAAGAGGAGGAAGACGACGACGACGGGCGACGUGGAGCAGCCGGCAACGCCCGCUCCUGCUCGGGCUGAGACCCGGUUGCCUGAGGGCUGGCGGACAGCCCUCACCGGGGAAGAGCAGGAGCUGUACAGUAGGACCCUCUCGCUGUGGUUUACCCGGACGCAGCGAGAGAAGGAGAGGGCUGUGUUGACUCCAGGCGUUGCAGCAGACGGAGGACGACCACCGGCAGCGGCCGCGGCGACAGCGCCGGGCCCGGCAUCAGCGGCGGCGGUGGAUCGUCCGGCGGCAGCAGCAACGGCGACGUCGGCGGUGCCUCAAGGCCGGACGACGACAGCGGCAGAGAGGGGGGCGGCGGUAGCCCCGGCAGCAGCACCGGCUGUGGCAGCACCGGUGCCUGCUCUGCCGGCGCGCAGACGGCUACUGGCGCCUCGACAGCCCGCCCCCUCGGCUGCUUACCCGGCCUUCCUGCAGACGGCUGCUGCCGCAGCUGCAACUGGACCUUUAAGAGCAGCACAGCCUCUCCUUGUGGACCUCUUACUGCCCCGGCAGAGUGUGUGGGUGCUCCCCGUCCCUGUCCUGACGCUCCCUCGGACAUUGCCGGCUCCACACGUCCUCCCUCCGCCGCUGGCCGCCGCACAGCACGCCGGCCCUGAGCUGCCUGUACCCCUCAAAACGGUAUACCGGAGGAGGCUGAACGCCAAGCGGCGGGCGGAGGCACAGCCGGGCACAACAUACUCUUCCCGGGCCGGUGUGCCACAGGUGCAGAAGUGCAGAAAAUGCGGCCAGACGAGGCGGAGGGAGACCGGACACUCCCGUCACGGCAGAGAAUACUUCUGUUCUGUCGCGGCGGGUAAGAGUGUGGAGGACUGGCUGAGGGAGAAGAAGGAGCGGGAUCAGGGUGGAGCCCCGCACUGAUGCACACUCUUGCCGAGGAUGGUGUUGUACAUAGUUCUUUUGUAUAUAGUUGUUUUUCUGUUGUGUAUAUAGUUAUUUUGCAGUGUUAGUGUAUAUAGUUGUUUACUGUAUAUAGUUGUCAUUUUGCAGGAUUAGUGUAUAUAUAGUUCUUUGUUUUGUUGGAUAGCUACUAAGUUAGUGCAUACACACUGCCAUAUUUAUUCAUAUAUCUAUAAUAUAUACUGUAUAUGAAUGAAUAAAAAAAUAAGUAUUCUCU